UAAAACCCUAUCCAAAGCCCCCGCAUUUGUACCCCAAUUGCUCUCCGCCUCUCGCUGAACCUCGCCGGCAAGGAGUAGGGUUCCGGCGAGAUCCUCGCCGUAAUGGCGAGACAGAUCCUCCCUCUCCGCGUCCUUACCUUUCGCGGAGCCUUUGGCAUCUUUUCUCGGCAUCUCACCCCCUAUCUCAAGCCACGGAUUCUGCCUUCCGACCUUCGCCGGAACCUUGAUGCGUCUGGAUCCAAUGUCGGCGUUCGGAUGUUCUCCAGUCGGUCUGGUAGGUCCCGCGAUCAUCACAGGCGGGGAGGCGUUGCCGGCCAGGGAAAGAGCCUUAUUGACGAUGAGGCUGAGCUUAGUGAUUGGGUGAGUGAUUUGAAGACUGAUUCUUUCCAAUUGGGUCUUAGUAGUGACGAUGAUAGGGCAAAUCGGGAUCGGGGGCGGAGGAGUGGUGGUAGAGAUAGUGGUAGGGAUGCUGCUCCAUCUAUGAGGAAUCAGGGUGCUUUGAAGAGGAGUAGGGAUACUGAUUCAGGUGGUUUCUUGCGUUUCUCUGAUAAGAGGCAGUCCCGGGAUGUGAGAGGCUCUGGUUCGUUCUCAAGAAAACGAUUUGAUAGUGCUUUGGAGGAGGAUGAAGAUGAGGAUGAGGAUGAGGUUGAAGAUGAUUUGUUGUCCUCUAGGCGGCGAAAGGAGAGGGGCGGAAAGGCUGGGUUUUCUAAUGGUAUCGUGAGAAGAGGAGGUAAAGAGGUUGAAACGGUUUUUAGACAGCAGAGAAGUGUGAGAGGCCCCAGUCUUGAUGCAUCUAGCGAAGAAGAAGAUGAUGAUGAAGAGGACGCUUCUGGUUCUGAAGAUGACUUCUUUGGUGACAAGCCAGACAUGAAAAAAGGGAAUUCGAGGAAUGGCUUAAAAACUGCCAGUUCCCGUGAAUUGGGUGAAGAAAAUAAUGCAACACUGGCACCAAGAAGAUCCAUUGAACAGAGUGAAUCUUAUCUAAGCGAAACCAGGUUUGAUCAGUGCUCCAUUUCUCCAUUGUCACUCAAAGGGAUAAAAGCAGCUGGAUACGAGAGGAUGACUAUAGUACAGGAAGCAACUCUUCCUGUUAUUCUCAAAGGGAAAGAUGUUCUUGCAAAAGCAAAGACUGGAACAGGAAAAACAGUAGCAUUUUUGCUUCCAGCCAUUGAAGUUAUUGCGAAAUUACCUCCUGUUGAUCGUGAUCAAAAAAGGCCUCCAGUUAAUGUGCUCGUUAUCUGUCCCACUCGGGAGCUUGCUAGCCAAGCUGCAACUGAGGCCGAGACACUUCUAAAAUUUCACCCUUCAAUUGGUGUACAAGUGGUGAUUGGUGGCACAAGAUUGUCCCUAGAACAAAAAAGAAUGCAAGCUAACCCUUGCCAGAUUCUUGUAGCAACACCAGGUAGACUUAGAGAUCAUCUAGAGAAUACCCCUGGAUUUGCAACUCGGUUGAUGGGUGUAAAGGUCCUUGUUCUUGAUGAAGCUGAUCGCUUAUUAGAUAUGGGAUUUCGAAAGGACAUUGAAAAAAUUGUAGCUGCUGUUCCAAAACAACGACAGACACUUCUGUUUUCUGCAACAGUUCCAGAUGAGGUCCGUCAAGUAUGCUAUUUUGCCAUGAAAAGAGACCAUGAGUUUGUUAACACAGUCGAAGAGGGUAGUGAGGAGACACAUUCUCAGGUAAAACAGAUGCAGGUAGUGGCACCUUUAGAGAAGCAAUUCUCCAUCUUGUAUGCCCUUCUUACAGAGCAUAUAGCAGAAGAUGUCGACUAUAAGGUCAUAGUAUUCUGUACCACUGCUAUGGUUACAAGACUUGUUGCUGAUCUUCUUGCCGAGUUGCACUUGAAUGUGCGGGAGAUCCAUUCUAGAAAGCCACAAAGUUAUAGAACACGAGUUUCUAAAGAAUUUAAAGAGUCAAAGGGUCUUAUACUAGUGAGUUCUGAUGUUUCUGCCAGGGGAGUUGAUUACCCUGAUGUUACUCUUGUUAUACAGGUGGGAAUUCCUGCAGACAGAGAGCAGUAUAUACAUCGGCUUGGUCGAACUGGUCGGAAAGGCAAAGAAGGAAAGGGCAUUCUGAUGUUGGCCCCCUGGGAAGAUUUCUUCUUAUCUAGCGUCAAAGAUUUACCAAUAACAAAGGCUCCAUUACCAUUAAUUGAUCCAGAUACCAGAAAAAAGGUUGAACGUGCUCUUGCCCAUGUGCAAAUGAAGAACAAAGAAUCAGCGUACCAGGCAUGGCUUGGUUAUUACAAUUCUAACAAAAGUAUCGGACGUGAUAAGCACCAUUUAGUGACACUUGCCAACGAGUUCAGCAGUAGCAUGGGUCUCGAUACCCCUCCAGCCAUACCGAAACUAGUGCUGAGAAAGAUGGGCCUCAACAACGUGCCUGGUCUGCGCACCAAGUAAUCAUGCUAAACGUUGUGUGUUUGGCCGAAUUAUCUGUGCCACUGGAACAGAAAUUCAAUUAUCAUGCACUUGAUAUUCAUCGGUGUCAAAUGUGUUUUUUUUAAUGUUUCUUUUGUUGACAUCCUGAAAUGAAAGCUUGCGGCAAGUGAGAUUCAUUCCUUUUAACUUGCAAAGAGCUGGCAUUGUUAGCCUUCCCUUGCUAGUGCUAGUUUCCUCUCUAAAAGUUAUUUGUUUUGUAACAUGUAAUUGGAGGAUGAUUUGGAAUUUUCAUUCUUGUAGUGGUUCACUAUCAACAAAUCAGGUUAUUAUUUC